CCUUUAUUUAUUUUUUUGUGCAUGAGUCUCCACCUCCUCCUCCUUUUAUUUAUUUUUUUAAUGCCUCAGUCUCCACCUCCUUUCUUUUUUCCCCCCUUUUUUUUAAUGCGUGAGUCUCCUCCUCUCCGCUUUUUCAUUUUUUUAAUGCACGAAUCUCCUCCUCUUGAUCUUCUUUUUUGUUGAUUUUUUUGUUCCCGUGUCUCCUCCUCCUUCACCUCGCACAUCAUUGUGUCCUCUAGCAGGCCGCCUGAUGCAAAUCUCGGCCGUCACAUCGGCGGUGGUCGGGCUCAGCUCGGCUAAGCGUGCCUCGGUUCGGACAUGUGUUGUUCAGAAGGGUUCGAUGCAAGUUUAGUGGCGAGAAGUCGGGUUUUUUUCUUAUUCUGCGCGUGCUCCCUCGGCUGCCAUGCUGCUGCUGCCGCUUCUUCAAUCUCCUUCAUUGGAUUUGAGUUGAACAUCUGGCCGCGCUACGUGCACGUAGCAAAGAUGAAGCGUGGAAUAAGUCGCCUUUUUCAUUAAGAUCAAGCAAAGGGCGCGGAGAAAAGAGCCGAUAGGGAAGGAGGGGGCUUUUGAAGGUAAGAAGCUAAAAUCGUUGUCUGAUGAUGAUGGGCCUGUCAAGAAAACAAAAGCUUAAUUCCACCUGAAUCUUCAUUCUAAGAAAGGCAUCAAGGCAUUGCUCUCAUGACUUUGGUGAGGAAGAAGACGACAGAUUGGCCCUCAGGUCCAUCAUCGCUCACCUCUGACCUUCCAGUAUUCACUUUAGUCCACGAGCGGAGCUGCCAUUGUUAGAAAUGAGAAGAAGAAAAAAGGUCGCAUGCUCGCGUUAGUCUGCCACAUCGUGCUAACAUCACAUUGUCUCAUCUUGUUGUUGUCUUUCUAUCAGGUGCAAUGUAUGGGACACUAUACAAUGUUACUAAAAUGUCUCCCUUGUAUCAAUUACAUUAUAAUACAUGUAUAAUAUACUGUAUCUACAUUUAUAUAUAUAUAUAUGUACAUAUGUACAUGUACAUUUAUGCAGUACAUCAGCAAAUUAAACGUGUUUUCACAAUUUUAUGUAAAGGGUGAUCAAAUUUAACCUCCCUGAAAGACAACAAUGUUGAAAGUCCAGGCUCAUACUGGUGGGUCUGUAUUCAUUUAGUGCUUUUAAUUUGAUGUUGUUCCUGUCUUAGUUUUACACAAUACAAAAUAAAUAAGACAAACCAGAUUGCUAUAAUGUACUGCAUGUGUGUUGCUGAUGUGUUGAAAAUCUUUCCCGGUGACUAGCUAGCACGCUGCUAAUGCUGUUUAAAUAAACUCCAGGCUCGCACUAUUGGUUACUCUUUUCGUUCUUUGAUACUUCGCUAAAUGAAAAUAGCAUUUGAUUACUAAAAGAUGUGCCAUCACCCUUUCCAUGGAUUUAAAUGUGCUAGUAGAACAUCUCCCCCUCAUACACAUUUUUUACGCCUUGGCAUGGAUUUAAAUGAGCUGGUAUUGUAUCUACAGUUCUACAUGUCAGCAUCAGCUGUCUUUUCAUUUUCCGGAUCAUCUUACACAUCCGUUCCUCCGCUUUUAAGCCGCCGCCAUGUCAAGAAUGUGCUAGAAGCUGGGAAGCGACAUCUGUUGCAGAUUUGAAGGCCAGCAAAGCGUCUGAGAUGUUCGCAGUCUGCUGUCUUAGCAUCAGCUGCUCACAGCUGUCUCCAAGCCGCCAUGAUUGCUCUAAUUUGGUUUAGAGUCAAAGUCGGGGGGCCGUUCAUGCAAGUUUUCAAACAAAAAUCAAGGAAUUGUGAUAAAAUGUUCAGCAGACUGACUGGUAUGGGGCAGUUAAAAAAUAAGACACAGACUUAAGGCCCUGAGCAAGACACUUCACCCACCUUGCCUCCAGUGCUGCCCACACUGGUGGAUGAAUGUGAAUGUUUAGUGGUGGUGGGAGAGGGCAGCUGUGGCUACAGAUGUAGAUCACCACCACCGGUGUGUGAUGCAAAGAUGCUUGCUCUCCACACUACUAACCAUGUAAAACUCAGCUAAACACAGUCAACUCGAGCUAGCUGACAGCACACACGUUAUUUCCCAGGCCCCACCUCUUGAAGGAGCGCGUUACACAUCACGUCUUCUAAUUGCCUUAUAUUUGUAUUUUUGUUCAUUUAACCAUUUUUAUGCUUGAAAACUAGGGAUGCUCCAAUAGAUCAGGCCACCGAUCAGUAUCGGCCGAUUCCUUGUGGAAAAAGCAUGGUAUCACAUAUGCCGAUACUUGCUUUUAAACGCCGAUCCGUUGCUGCAUCCAGUCUAUAGCGACCAACUCCCGCCCACUUUCCCUUCACAAAGCCAAAAACAAGUAUGUCUGCAAUGUGGGACUUCCUUCCUGAGAGUGAUAUAAGUUUUGCACCCUGCAAAACACGGCUUAAAAAGCUUUAGUUUGGUGCAGCAUUUAGGGGGUGGGCAAUUGGCUGGGGGUGGUGAGUUUUCGCGGCUCCCGAUGUGAUCGCCGGGCAGGCGGCGGCUGAUCAGCCAAAACCCGUGACAUGCGCCGUGAUAGCCCGAACAGUGGUUGGAUUCGUCUGACUGCAUGACCAGGUGUCGGCGGCGGUGGAAGAAGCCGGGUUUGCCGACUGCCUUGAGUCCUGCUGGAUGCUUUUGCAUCCAAAGUCUCCUUAAAGAAGGCGCCUGAUCCUCUAAGUUUCACCAGUCAUUUUGAAAAAGAAAGUCAAAUAUGUUUUUGUUUAAAUUUCAUGGUUCCCCUUUCAUAUCACAUAGCCCAGUGGUCACCAACGUGGUGCCCACGACCACGAGACGCCUGCAAGCCCGCUUUUCAUUCAGGUUUGCAGUUAAUCAUGUGGGAACACUGGAAAGAAAUGCAUUCUGAAAUACAAAAUGUGAGUUGUGGAUACCAGCAAUUUCUUAAUGCUCUGGUAAAACAAACAUAUUCACUUUGUUUGGCUUGAAAUAAGCUAUGAAAGUAAAUGUUUUUUAAUUUAAAAAUGUACACUUAAUCUAUGUGAUCGUUCUCGGCCGAUUUCACUCGGGGAUGAUCUGCAUCGGUAGCAUAAAAACCUGAUGAGAGCACCCCUAUUGAAAACGCUUAAUUUAGGCCAAGAAUAUGUACAAUUUGCUUAAAUAUUCAUAUUUGUUUGAAUAAUAGGCUGUAUUCAACCACAAAACAGUGACUUUUUUUUUUUUAAACCAUGAUGAGGGCGUGAUCGUCGAACUGCAAUGUAGCGAGGGAUGACUGUAUUAUUUACAUUACGUUAUUCAACCCUAACCCUGAGAAAACCUUUUUUUUUUGGUCUACAUCCAGUGUCGGGCCGCACAGUGGCCUAGUGGUUAGCAUGUUUUGUGUGUUCUCCCUGUGCAUGCGUGGGUUUUCUCCGGGUGGUCCGGCUUCCUCCCACAUUCCAAAAACUUGCACAUUAGGUUAACUGGCGACUCUAAACUGUCCAUAGGUGUGAAUUUGAGUGUGAAUGUUUGUCUAUAUGUGCCGUGCGAUUGGAUGGCGACCAGUACAGGGUGUACCCCACCUCUCUCUGAAGUCAGCUGGGAUAGGCUCCAGCACCCCCACGACCCUAGUGAGGAUAAGCGGCAUAGAAGAUGGAUGGAUGGAUAUCCAGUGUCUUUACUUUGACAUCCAGCUCCAAGAUCCUUUUAUAGACCUUAGAGCAGGGGGUGUCACCCAAGUUCAACUUGCAUGGUGAUACCAUGAUGCUUGCCAAGCAGGAGAGGAGGCCACAUUCCCUCAGGCAAAUGAGGUGCCUGUAAUGAGAGGGUUUUUUUAAUGUUAGGUCACUAAUUCAGGAUAACAAAAAAACAGAUUUAUUUUUAUUAACUGAAAAACUUUUUUGGGCUUACCUUUUUUUUUUUUGUACGUGAAGUACAUGCACCCGAUCCUUCUCCAGGAAAAGUCUGAUCCCCUUCUACAGGGCGACGCCAUGGGCUGCGUGAAGAGCAAAGAGGACAAAUGCCCCUCAAUCAAGUACGGGCCGGAGAAUGCAUCACCGUCUAACACGAACGCCGCCACUCCCCAAAUGGGCCACUAUGGGCCUGAUCCCACCCACCUGCAGCCCAAUCUGCCCCUCUCCUUAUCCUCCUCUUGUUCCGUUGCCGCCAACGUCAACCCUGCCCUUACGCCCUUUGGCGGAUCCUCAAAUGCUAUUAGCCCCUUUGGGGGGGCCUCCUCUUCCUUCACUGGUCCUGUGUCCAACUCAUUCUCUGGUUCUCUCCCAGGUGGUGUGACUUUCUUUGUGGCGCUCUAUGACUAUGAGGCCAGGACAUCCGAUGACCUCUCAUUCGAAAAAGGAGAGCGCUUCCAGAUCAUCAACAAUACAGAAGGAGACUGGUGGGAAGCUCGCUCCAUCAACACUGGGAAGAAAGGUUACAUCCCGAGCAACUAUGUGGCCCCUGCAGACUCAAUCCAAGCUGAGGAGUGGUACUUUGGCAAAAUGGGCCGCAAAGAUGGCGAGAGGUUGCUGCUGAAUCCAGGGAAUCAUCGGGGGACCUUCCUGGUGCGCGAAAGCGAAACCACUAAAGGUGCUUAUUCUCUGUCCAUUCGGGACUGGGACGAAACCAAGGGGGACAAUGUGAAACACUACAAGAUCCGCAAGCUGGACAGCGGCGGGUACUACAUCACCACACGAGCGCAGUUUGACACCUUACAGAAGCUGAUCAAACACUACACAGAGCAUGCAGACGGCCUCUGCCACAGGCUCACCACGCUUUGUCCCACAGUCAAGCCUCAGACGCAGGGCCUUGCAAAGGACGCCUGGGAGAUACCUCGCCACUCCCUGAGACUGGAGCUGAAGCUGGGCCAGGGCUGCUUUGGAGAGGUCUGGAUGGGCACAUGGAACGGCACCACCAAAGUGGCCAUAAAGACUCUGAAGCCAGGCACCAUGUCGCCAGAGGCCUUCCUACAGGAAGCUCAGAUCAUGAAGAAGCUUCGUCAUGACAAACUGGUGCCUCUGUACGCUGUAGUCUCUGCGGAGCCCAUCUACAUCGUCACGGAGUACAUGGCCAAAGGCAGCUUGCUUGAUUUCCUCAAAGAGGGUGAUGGAAAGUUCCUUAAGCUUCCUCUUCUGGUGGACAUGGCCGCACAGAUCGCAGACGGCAUGGCUUUUAUUGAGAGGAUGAACUACAUCCACCGCGACCUGCGCGCUGCCAACAUCCUGGUGGGCGACAACCUGGUGUGCAAGAUUGCAGACUUUGGCCUGGCCAGGUUGAUAGAGGACAACGAGUACACAGCGAGGCAAGGAGCCAAAUUCCCUAUCAAGUGGACCGCACCGGAGGCUGCGCUGUACGGACGCUUCACCAUCAAGUCAGACGUGUGGUCCUUCGGCAUCUUAAUCACAGAGCUCGUCACAAAAGGCAGAGUGCCCUACCCAGGCAUGGUCAACCGGGAGGUGCUGGAGCAGGUGGAGCGGGGCUACUGCAUGCCAUGCCCGCAAGGGUGCCCUGAGUCACUGCAUGAGAUGAUGAAGCUGUGCUGGAAGAAGGAGCCAGAUGAGAGGCCCACCUUCGAGUACAUCCAGUCCUUCCUGGAGGACUACUUCACCGCCACGGAGCCCCAGUACCAGCCUGGGGAGAACCUAUAGCUGCCCAAAGGUUUUGUUAGGUUUGUUCUUACAUGUCCUAAUACACUCUCAGAGGCUCAAUAAAUUAUUAAAACCUCAACUUAUUAAUAAAGCUAUAAUGAAGAAGCCAUAACAUGCUACUGUAUGUCCCAUGAAGGCAGUAUAGAUUGUUUUUUGGGGUGUGAAACAACUCUUCUUUGGAUCUAAAGUGGCUCUGCACUCACCUGCAUAGCAAUACCCUUUUCCCCCCACUGCAUUUUCUCCUGUUUGGACUCAUCCUCGCGGAAUAACAAGCUUUGCAUAGGAUGGGAACAUCGUUUUUAUAAGCUACAUGGACAUGGGUGCUAAUUGUGUUUGUAAUUUGUGUUUGGGGAUUUCUACAAUUAAAGGCAAUGAGUUCAGUCCAGUCGCC